AACUCCCCUGUUUUGCUCGGUGGUUCCAACGGUGGGGUGCUGCGGCGAUGGGGAGGGCGAAGAAAACCCGCAAAUUUGCGGUCAUGAAGAAGAUCGUCAGCUCGAAAACCCUCAAGAAGUACAAGGAAGAGAUUCUGAACCCUAAGAAGAAGGAUCUCGAGAAGGAGAAUCUGCCCCGCAAUGUCCCGAGCGUAUCUUCGGCGCUGUUCUUUAAAUACAACACCGCACUUGGUCCGCCUUACAUGGUCAUCGUGGAUACCAAUUUUAUCAACUUCUCCAUACAAAAUAAGUUGGAUUUGGAGAAGGGCAUGAUGGAUUGCCUUUAUGCAAAAUGCACUCCUUGCAUUACUGACUGCGUGAUGGCUGAGCUUGAAAAGUUGGGACAGAAAUAUCGUGUAGCUUUACGUAUUGCAAAAGAUCCUAGGUUUGAAAGGCUACCUUGCACACAUAAAGGGACUUAUGCUGAUGACUGCAUUGUUGACAGGGUUACUCAGCACAAGUGUUAUAUUGUUGCAACGUGCGAUAGAGACUUGAAGCGAAGGAUACGCAAGAUUCCUGGCGUGCCUAUCAUGUACAUCACACGACACAAGUACUCAAUCGAGCGGCUACCAGAAGCAACAAUCGGUGGAGCUCCAAGAAUUUGAUGAAUAGUUUCUUCCAGAGAGAACAGAAUCGCUUGUUGCCUCGAGCAGAGUUUGCAAUUUCCGGUAGGAACAACCAGAACCGCGUUGUUAGCCAGUGGUGUUAGUCUGGGAUGUGCAAGUGAUUAUUAGAGUCUCGUGAGAUUCUGUAAUGGAAAUUUUUUUGAUUUGUCUGCAAUGUUUAAACAUUAGCAUUAUGCAUCGAAUUCAGAAAGGAAUGAAAGUUAGAUGUGCCCUUUUUCUGA